AUGGUUGAUAAAAAUGGUUCUACAAUUGGGUACGUAGCCCGGAAUUUGUUGCUCUGCUUAUUCGUUUUCACGACCAUACUCUUUGCUCUCUCUUGUUACUUUGUGUUGCGUUCCACUGCUCAUAAUCGUUUCCUUAGCUCCACAUUUCCACCCAAAUCAUUCACUGAUGAUGUGAAUGUGAAAGGAGUAAAACGGGACAAGGAGGAUUGUAGAUGCAAUAAGGAUAAGAAGGCGAUGGCUCCUCUUAAAGUUUAUAUGUACGACAUGGAUCCCGAGUUUCAUUUCGGAUUGUUAGAUUGGAAACCUCAAGGGAAGAAUAGUGUAUGGCCUGAUAUUCAGAAGUAUAUACCUCCUUAUCCUGGAGGAUUGAAUUUGCAACACAGCAUUGAGUAUUGGCUCACGUUGGAUCUUCUUGCAUCGGAAUAUCCAAACGCUCCAAGGGCGAUUGCUGCGAAACGGGUUCAUAACUCCUCUGAAGCUGAUGUUAUAUUUGUUCCAUUUUUUUCAUCGCUGAGUUAUAAUCGGUACUCUAAGGUGAAUCCUCACCAGAAAACUAGCAGAAAUAAGGAUUUGCAAGGAAAGCUUGUUACUUUUUUGACUGCUCAAGAGGAAUGGAAGAGAUCCGGUGGUAGAGACCAUGUGGUUCUUGCUCAUCAUCCAAAUAGCAUGUUGGAUGCUAGAAACAAGCUGUUUCCUGCAAUGUUUAUACUCUCAGACUUUGGAAGGUACCCGCCUACUGUGGCAAAUGUUGAGAAAGAUAUCAUUGCGCCUUAUAAGCAUGUCAUCAAAGCAUACGAAAACGAUACGUCCGGUUUUGAUAGCAGGGAAAUUCUGCUAUACUUUCAGGGUGCAAUCUACAGGAAAGAUGGCGGGUUUGUGCGUCAGGAGUUAUUUUACCUCAUGCAAGAUGAGAAAGAUGUGCAUUUCUCGUUUGGGAGUGUGAGAAACGGAGGCAUAAACAAAGCAAGUCAGGGAAUGCACAACUCCAAGUUCUGCCUCAACAUUGCCGGAGACACUCCAUCAUCAAACCGUCUCUUUGAUGCCAUUGCCAGUCACUGUGUACCUGUCAUUAUCAGUGAUGACAUUGAGCUUCCUUUUGAGGACGUUAUUGAUUACUCUGAGUUCUCAUUGUUUGUUCGCACCUCUGAUGCCUUGAAAGAGAACUUUCUGGUUAACUUAAUAAGGGGAAUAAGCAAAGAGGAAUGGACACGAAUGUGGAAGAAAUUAAAGGAAGUGGAGAAAUUCUACGAGUUCCAUUUCCCGUCUAAAGUAGAUGAUGCAGUGCAGAUGAUAUGGCAAGCGAUUGCACGCAAAGUUCCGGGUGUGAAAAUGAGGAUUCAUAAGUCGCGAAGGUAUUCUGGAUUUGUUUCUGAGACAGGGAAAGAAUCAAGAUGGUCACUGAUACCCCGGAGUUUCUGGUGA